AGGAUCGUUGAGGCUGCAGACCCUGAAUUGGGAUACAGCCGUAGUUACCCCACUCCCAUCCUGGGCCAACAAAGCCACGGACUGUGUACAGAAAACAUCAUCACGGUUCUGCCAACAGUGGGUCACGUAGCUUUAAAUGCAGUUGGGAGUCUGAAUGCUGUACACGCACUGCAGGAUGACUUUUACAUUUCCUUCUAUACCGUUUUAUAUCAUCACCUUCUCUUGUAUUUCCUCUGCUUCACGGUGUGGUGGCAAACCUGCAUCAAAAGCUGGACACCAUCAAACUUGAUGCCACUGAACGUCUCCUUGAGUCUGCUCUGUAGUUGGAGCUCAUCUCUAAAAUCCCUGGUAGAAACAAACAAGACCAAAACCAUGAACAACACUCCAAGUUUUACUGCAUUUUUAAAUGUUUUAUGCAGUCCCUGGUUUGAAUCAGUGGUUAACUCCUCCCUACUGCCGACCAGAGCCACUGCCCACGCUGUCCUGUAUUAUAGCGACAUUUUUACAGAGUUUAUUAGGCAAAACCCCCCAAAAAACUUGCAUCACUAGCCUGAUGUCUUUGCAUAUGCCCUUUGCUUUUGCCCCGUUUAUUGACAUAUUUCUAUACAUCUCCUCCCAAAGGCUGUUCGCGUUGAUCGUCUACUUUAACUGCGUUUGAAAAGUAUCCGUAGAGCGAUACUCUACUUUUGAGCUCGUUCAGCCACGCCCACAUCGAGUCAGUAACUCACACUUUAACCAUUAGCGCUCCAAAAGUAAGACAGGCUAGCGUUUGCCACGGUACACAAUGAACACGUGUUAUUUCCUACAGCACCUUAACGCAGCAUGAGGAGAGCCGUCCUGCGCCAGGUCAGAGAAACACCUUCAGGGUUUUCAUCUCGUCUUUGAGCAUCUUUCGUACUCAUGAAAACAGCACACGGACAGAAGUGCGCUAUUUUACUUCCCCUCGCGGUUUUCUACGAACUCUGGAAGUCGGUUUACUUUGUUAGAACAGAAGGAGCCCACGCUGGAGCCCAGAUGUUUUUAGUUUGACCCUCUGUCUGCCUCCGCGGGUAAGUCUGAAUGAAUUGCUUUAACAAGAAAACACUCGAUAUAUUUAAAUAUGAAAGAAAUAAGCAGAUGCGUGUUUCUAUAUUUGUAAUAUAGCUGAUAAUCUUCUGUGUUCUUGUUCUAAUUUAUGCCGUUAUGUCUGCUUCAGGGACACAGCGUUCUUAGAAAAUAGUUCUCGGUACCUUCGUGUUCCCUUACACAAGACCCAGACACUCCCACUCCUGAACCCAGUGAAGAAUUUGGUGUGAGAGGGAAAAACAGUCGCAUCAGCUCAUAAAAAGCACGAGUGAUAUUGUUGGGUGGAUGUUUAUCGGUGAUACAGUAAAAAGUGGGUGAAACAGAGGAUUGGCCGUGGCAUCUAGACUGCAGCUUAUUUGUUUGCCCCGGGAAAUCUGCUGAACUGAUUCCUUCCACAGUGGAAGAAGCGAUUGCAUCAGAUGACCGCGGGAUGUUCUCACGUCACAAGUUUAACAGACUAGUCAGCAAAACCAAAUCGAGUCUUCCAGCUCCAAGUACCAGUCAGUCUGCCAGGCUGCUGCAGGACUGACCAAUGCAUCCCUGCUUGAUACUUCACUACAGUCAGCGUCUUCAAACGAUGCUGAGAAGGAUGUUGGUGACGAGGAGGCUCCUCCAUGUGAAGGGAGACGUGAUGUGCACAGUUCUGCUGCUGGUGCUGUUCUGUUUCCUGCUGUAUGCCCGACACGUUGUGCUCUCCACUGGAUGGGAUAGACCUGUGUGGAAGCUGCACAUCCACGGCUCCACCAGCCCCAGUCGGACCCUGCUGGGAGCCACUGGAGCUAAAGUGGGCCAGGACUUUCAAGGGGCGUUCCCGUCCAGGGCUUCAGGGGUCCAGCCACCUCCAUGUAAAUCCCAGUCCAGGUCGAAACCUCCCCAACACAAAUCCAAGUCUAAGGGCAAAUCCAAGCCACGAAGGAAGAACGCUGUGCCGACCAAGACUGCGGCCAAUCCCCUACCCACGAUGCCACAGUUUGACUUUGAGGCUUAUCUGAGAGAAAAGGACAACAGAAACUUCAAGCUGCUCAUAGACCAGCCAGAAAAAUGUCAUAUCAGAGGAGCAGAGGAACAAGGAGGAGGGUCUAACAAUGCCCCUUAUAUGCUCAUUGCAGUGAAAUCCAUAGCAGCAGAUUUUGAUAAACGUCAGGUAGUACGCCGGACGUGGGGUAAGGAGGGACAUUUUGAAAAUGACGUGUCCAUCCGCACAGUUUUCCUCUUGGGUGUUCCCAAGAAUCGAACCGCUCUGCCUCUGUGGGAUCAGCUCCUGUCCUACGAGAGUCAAACCUAUAAGGACGUCCUGCUGUGGGAUUUCGAAGACACCUUUUUCAACCUGACGCUAAAAGAAACACACUUUCUGAACUGGAUCAACAGCAGCUGUCCUCGUGUCAAGUUCAUCUUCAAAGGUGAUGCUGAUGUGUAUGUUAAUGUGGAAAACAUACUGGAAAUGCUACGAGGCCAACAGCCAAACGAGGAUCUGUUUAUCGGUGAUAUUAUUAUCCGUGCUAAACCCAUUCGCCGGCGCACUUCCAAAUACUAUGUGCCAGAGUUUUUGUACGGAGGGGGUCUGUACCCCGAUUAUGCUGGCGGAGGAGGGUUCGUUAUGUCGGGACACACAGCUCAGAGACUGAGCUCCGCCUGUCGACAGGUGGAAUUGUUCCCCAUCGACGAUGUCUUUCUGGGAAUGUGCCUCCAGCUGAUCGGCAUCAAACCAUCGCGACAUCAGGGCUUUCGGACCUUUGGAAUUCCCCGACCGUCAGCAGCUCCUCACCUUCAGACGUUCGACCCUUGUUUUUACAGAGAACUCAUGGUUGUUCACAGCCUCAGCGUCCCCCAAAUCUGGCUCAUGUGGAACCUCCUGCACGACCCCAAACUGAGCUGCCACAACAGGACCAGCCGGACGCCCCGGCCUUUUAAAUGGAGGGGGGGGCUGGGCUCGAUGGUGGGGGAGGAGACGGACUACGAUGAGAAACGGGUGUUCGUCUCACAUUAGUGACCCUACAAAAUGGUCAUAGCACGAGACUGGAAAGGCUCGUGAGGCGUUCAAAAGCGCAGCUGAGUCAUAUGAGACUUUAUACAAGCUGGCUGGCAGUCGUGGGGGAAAUGAACUGACGAAGGCCAAAUGUGUUCCAGAUUAUUGAGAAGAAAGCCCCGAGGGGAUUUUAGUUUGACAUCAGAGCCCCAUUUGUCUUUUCACACUGUGGCUGUGAACAGUUGGGACUUUUAAACCUUAAUGUAUUUACAUUGUUUACGUCCAUACAGUUCCACGAGAACAACCAAAGAAAGUGCGGUUAGCUGGUUUAACCCCAUUUGCUCGAAGCUGUCACGUUGUUAACAUUCAGACUGUGGACAAGACUGGAAAUGACUUUGUGUAGUGGGAAGGGAGCAGGGAUUUUUAGAGAUGCCCCUCUCUUCUUUGUAACGCUGCCCAGAGGCGCCAAUGGAAGGUCGCAUUAUCUGUUCCCCAGAGGAGCAGCAAAUCAAGUCUAAAUAGAAACCACCUGCAUGAUGCAAACCAAAUGGCACCAAGGCUCACUGAAACAUGCACACUAACUAAACCUCUGCCGCAGUUUGGACGUAUCCAGUUUCCUGAAUCUCAGAGUAAUCUGCCAAAGUUCACACAUGUAUACAGAUCACAUUUAUGUCCGUUAAAACAAAAUAAACAAUCUCGUGUUCUCUGGACUUUAGUAGAAUUUGCCUGUUUUUGCCAUGUUGUGUAAGAUUAGUCUAGAAUAUUAUGGCUGAUAUGGUCCUCAUAAAGACAGACAAAGCAAACAUGGACGGGACAGCACUGAGGUUCAGUAUUUAGUGUGGCAGACUUCAGCAAAGUGGGUUUUGUUUUGGAGGCAUAUUGUAACCCUGUCAUUACUUGUUUGACAUUUCAAUGGGUCGAGAUAAGACAAACAAAACCAAAUGUUCAACCAGCUUCAUCAGAUACUUACAGCGAUUGAUAAACACACAACACAGAUAAUUACAGAACAAUAUGUAAAUAUAACAUCGGCUGAUCUGUCCCUCUCUCUGAUAGGUCAACCUGAAUGCAUGGAUAGGCAAGGCAGGUUUAUUUCUAUAGCACAAUUCAACAACAAGGUGAUUCAAAGUGCUUUACAGAGACAUUAAAAAACAAAAACAAAUAAAAAGCAUGAUUUAAAAUUGAUUAAAAAAAAAGCAAAGCAAAAAACAGUCGAUAAAAUCCAUCCUUCUUCAUCCGCUUUAUCCGAGGCCGGGUCGCGGGGGCAGCAGCC